AUGAAGAGGAACUUCACUGACAGUUCAACUCGUACUACAGCAGGCUGCCUACCUGUGCCACUGUUCAACCAGAAGAAGAGAACCAGACAACCACUCACUUCAAACCCUCUUAAAAAUGAGGCAGGUACCAGCAACACAACAGAUCCUUUGGACCUUUCUACCAUGCUAGCAGAUUUUGGCUGGGAAGCUGCAAGGCCACGACCGACUCAGCUACAGAACACAGCAAGUGUUGAAACCGAAAACAACAAGAUUGCAAAGCUGGAGUACGGCUCCGGUUGCUUAACAGAAGCAGGAUCGCAUCAGCAGAAACUUCCUGGCCCUCCAACAACACCAAAGAACAGCAGCAAUAGAGAAGCUGGACGAAGUUAUUCUUCUGCAACACGACCGCCGGAACUACCAAACCCCACGCCGAGAGGCUUACUGGGUCAGAGUACAUCGUACACAUUUAGACACAGUCCACACCAACAGAAAACUAGUGAGAAACAAGCUGAGCAUGCCCAAGGAGACAAAAUGAUUCAGAAAGUGCCACCCUUUCAACUCAGGCUGAAGGAAAAAGACAAUUCGCUCAGAAUCCUGUCUGUUGUCAUUGAGAGCAUGAAGCACUGGAGUCAAUACGCUCACAAAGCACUACUGUUGUUUGAAGUGUUAGGUAUUCUGGAUUCUGCAGUUACCCCUGGACAGUACGGCGCAAAGACUUUCCUUUUGAGAGACGGGAAGGAGAGCGUCUCUUGUGUAUUCUACGAGAUUGACCGGGAGCUGCCACGAUUAAUCCGAGGUCGGGUCCACAGGUGUGUGGGAAAUUAUGACACAGGUUGGAAGCUCUUCAGGUGCGUCUCCGUAAGACCAGCCUCUGUUCCCGAACAACAAACGUUUCAAGAUUUUGUCAGGAUCGCAGACGUUGAGAUGGGUAAAUAUGUGAGAGCAAGCAGUGAAAUUUAA